UACAUGAGGGGUGGGCACAUAAAAGGCAGUAUUGAUGAUGAUGAAAUUAAAAAGGUGAGUAGGAGCACUCGAUGGCAGAUCUAAAGCGCGCUGUGUCGCGGAUGAGUGCAGUUUGUCUCGGAAGGCCAUUCCAGUCUCGGGUGGAGCGGACGAAGAAUGACUGCAGGAACGUGGUGGUGCGGGCUUGUGGUGGGAUUACCGAGUUCGGAUGGCCUGUUCGACGAACACGAUGAGCCAGCUGGACCAGCUGGCUGUCACGAGGCUGACUUCUUUGUUUCUUACGAUCUUAUCUGCUCGACUGAUGAUUGCCCUAAAAGAUAAAGAACAUCUCAACUACUGUCAAGGCAUAUCUGAGGACAAAGACACCUGCGUUUAUCCCAAGAUGUGCAAGUGCCCCUUGAUGAAUACCGGAGGAUACAUGAGGUUGACUCUGUGGCACUACGAUAACCGCACCGGCCGGUGCAGGAAAAUCGUGGGAAGCAACGCAAAUGGGUAUUGCAACAUGUUUGAAAAGAAUGAGGAUUGCCGAAGAUUGUGCAAAAAGCCCUUGAAACGACGGCGUCCCAAACCAAAAACGUAAAACAGUAACGCUGGCAGAAGGAAUGCGCCCGUGUGCAACACCGAAUAUAAUCUCCACACGGCGAAUUGAACGAAAUAACAAUGGCGUUACUUCUUUCCACCCGUAAAAAAUGCAUUCCAGUUUGAUGAUAUUUCGCUACUGUGCACAGUGCUGAAAGCCGGCAUACAUGUAUAAAUUUAUACUUUGUUCCGUCA